AUGGGCACGUCCAAAUUCUUUGCCAUGGACGUGGAUGGUACGUUCAUUACCUACGACUUUAAAUUACCCUCUAAAAACAAGCAAGCCUUUGAUAAAUUGGCUAAAUCGUCAACUAUUGCCUUCUUUUGUACAGGUCGUUCUAAAAUAGAUGCAUUGCAUAUUACUGGGUAUUCUAAUUCCGAUGUCUACAAUGGAUUUCCGGGUGUUUACAUCAACGGCUGUGUAGUAUACAACCAUGAGGGGAAGCUCAUAUCUAAUACGUAUUUUGACAAGGAUACAUUUUUUAAAAUAAUAGAUAUAUUUGAUGGUACUGGGAUAACAAACACUUGCGCUUGUUACUGCGAAGAUAGUCUGCUUUGCGCACCUGGGGUGAAAGAAAGGUUUGGUCAAACAACCAACAUGAUCGGGAAUUUCAUCGAAGUGUACAAUUAUAAAGAUAUUAACGAUCCCAAAAUAAAUCAGAUCAUGAUUAUGAACGUGGACAACAAUCAAUUGGAAUUGAUCAGAAAGUACGAGGGCACUCUUUACAAAAUGUACGUUUCCCCCAGCACGGUGGAAAUACUGCCACUUGGUGUAUCUAAGAGUACAGGGAUUGAGGCUUUAAUUAAACAUUAUAAUGGUAGUUUUGAUGAUGUUGUAGCGAUUGGGGAUGGGAUUAAUGAUGUGGAAAUGUUGAAUUCAGUAAAACAUUCUUAUGCCAUGGCCAGUGGGACCAAAGCAGCUAUAGAAGCAGCAAAGAAUAUUACAAAGCCCAAUAUUGAGAUUGCCGUUGCCGAAGUUAUUAAGGAUGUUUUUGGCAUUGAAUGA